UGCUGCUGUUAUCGUGAUGCUCGCGAUGACAGGGCCUGUGGUCGCGGAGGCCAUGUUCGUGAACAGGGAAGAGAUCCCUGUGUACCCGCUGUACAGAGAUCCUGUACAUGAUUUUGGUUUUUUUCGCUAUGAUCCAGGUGCCAUUAAGUUUCUUAAGUAUGAUGAGAUUCAGCUGGCACCUGAAGCAGCAUCAGUCGGGCUAGAAAUCUGGGUUGUCGGAAAUGACAGCGGGGAAAAUGUUCCAUGAAUUAUAUCUUAAUUUCUGCUGUUAUGUACCCCUAAAAUAUACGUCCUUGUUAUACACCACAGACCACAGCAGUUGCGUAUUUUUUUUGAAUUGUUACCUGUCAAACCUUAGUGCCUUAGAUUUCUCCUUUUUGUGCACUGUGAAACAAAUCUUCUGCUUUUGCAAUAUCCAGAACUCACGGAACUAAGGUUCCACCCAUCACACACUCCAUCAAAAACUUAUUUAGUUAGAUUUUAAUUGACAUAGGGAUGCAAAUGGUAGGAUAUUUUCUGGUCAACUGAAGCAGAAUAGGGCAAAUAUGGAAGCGACACCGAUUUUCAAACACUAUCAAUGUCUGACUCCGAUUCCAAGAAAAUAAUAUGGGAUGAUAAUAUGAGAUGCUACAUUGAUACUUGAGAGGCAUCCAUCAGAAGCAUCAAAUGUUAGAUGUUGAAGUACUCUAUUAUGAUUUUGCUCAAGACCGCCAAUAAAUAGGCUUGUUAUCACAUACGAAUGGGAGUUAAAAAUAUCAUGCUCUUAGUUUUCACAUCUUGGCAAUCACGUUUAUUGUGCUCACUCUGAUUGCACCCGUAAUAUGUGAGCUGGCCACAAAUGCCUAUUCAUUGAUUAGAGGAUACCGCAUUCCAAACUUUAGGCAUAAUUCUCAUUGAUUGCUCUUGUUUUUUUUUUUGAAAUCGUGUGCAACUCACUUUGGGUUGUAACUUGAUAUGCAAUAUGUGAAAAUAUGCUCUUCUUUUAGUUUCUGGGAUUUAGUUUAUCUUAGCUGAAAGUAGGUUUCAUUCUUUGCCUUGCAGAUGCAUUUGAUACAAAUCAACUUGUUGAGUGCAUGGG